AUGAUGACGAGAAUGUCUUAUUCAUCUUCGGCUUCAUCAUCUGCUGCGUCAUCUCUCGCUGCUAAGGCAAUUCGAGCAUCUUCUGCACACAGAGACUCUUCUCUUUCCUCUGCUUACUCGUCUCCUUCUUCUGCUCCUGUUCCCACUCCCCCAAAGGAGGCGAAGCCUCAUGAGUACACGUCUAUGAAAAGUUUGAACGAACCAAAACGAAGCUUUUGGGGAAGUCUAGCUAGUAAAGCUAAGGCUCUUUUAGAUGAGGAUGAUCCUCAUCAAUCGCCUCGAAGUCCCAAGAGAACGGAGCACAACAUCUCUUCUUCGACUUCAGGAACAAAGGAAGCUGGUCAGACGGGUAGGAAAAUCGAGAAUCCUUCAUUACAGAGGAGCUUAGAUGCUAUCACUUCAUCAUUAAAUUACAUUGGCACUGCAGUAGAGGAGGGUAUUACAGCUGUGGAGAAUCGUACUGCAGGCAUCAUUCAAGAAACCCGUAAGAAGAUUAAAAAAAAGCCAAGUCUUUCACGGAGUCAGCAGAAUCCUGAGAUACAAGCAGAUUUGGAAAUUCAACUAAAGGCAUCUCGCGACGUUGCAAUGGCCAUGGCUGCCAAGGCAAAGCUCCUUCUUCGGGAGCUGAAGAUGGUAAAAUCUGACCUGGCCUUUGCAAAGCAACGAUGCGCUCAGCUGGAAGAAGAAAAUAAAGUUCUGAGGGAGAAUCGUAGUGGCGGAAACAGCCAAAUAGAUGAUGAUGAUCUGGUGCGACUUCAACUCGAAACAUUAUUGGCUGAGAAGGCUCGGUUGGCUCACGAGAACUCGCAAUACGCACGCGAAAACCUGUAUCUGAGAGGAGUCGUCGAAUACCACCAGCUCACUAUGCAGGAUGUGGUCUACUUUGACGAGAAGACUGAAGAAGUAACUGAGGUAUAUCCCAUUAAUGUCACUUCAAUGUCUUCUUCAUCAGAUAUCUCUCACACUUGA